UUAUUAGCAUGUUAUUAUUGGAGGUGUUUAGAUAUUGAUUCCGUAUUCCGUGUUGGUUCCAAAGUCGCGUCUUGCAGAUCCUCUUUCAUCUUGUACUGUAUUAAAAAAAAACACUGAAAACAUGCCGAAAAGAAAGUCUCCAGAGGGUGCUGAAGGCAAGGAUUCGACGAAAGUCACCAAGCAGGAGCCAACAAGAAGAUCUUUGAGGUUGUCAGCUAAACCCACUCCACCCAAGCCUGAGCCCAAGCCGCGGAAGCCUGUUGUGAAGAAGCAGGCCGGAGAAAAGGCCGCUGUGAAAGGCAAGAAAGGAGGGAAAGGGAAAAAAGACGAAAAGCUGGAGGAGGGCACCGCGCCUGCCGAGAACGGGGAGACCAAGAUCGAUGAGAUCCGUAUUUCUCGCUCGUCUGUUAGUGUGUCUGCCAAUAGAAGUACUUCUCCCAGCUUGCUGUCCGUAAAAGGGCAAACUGGAACAGUCAAAGUAAAGGGAACAGAAAACUGACCCAGCAGCUGACAAGAAAGAAUGAGUGAAGCAUCUCACAUGAACUUUUAGUUAAUUUUAUGCACCUCUUGUACUAUUGGAAAGAAGAAUAUUUUUUAUCAAGUAUUUUGUAAAUGCUAAUUUUUUUAGACCUGUGGUAGUGGAAUUAACCAAGAUACACUGUUCAUACUUCUUUUACCAAGAGCCCCACCCCCCACCACACAAUUCAAUAGAAUCCCUUUUUAACUUCAUUUCACUGGCCACACCGUCGUUUUUUAUCACCUGAAUUGCAAUUAUGAGACAAGUGUGAUUGGAUUAGCAUUCAAAUUGGAUUAGCAGUCUAUCGCUGUGUUUUUAGAACACUGUAGGGCUUGUAGUGACUUGUGUAUGUUUCUGACAGGUUUUUUUAUUCUUAUUUUGUUUCUGCCAGUUUUGCAUAGCAAUAAUCAGUGGUGCUUUGUACUAAGCGUUAAUGUGGUUGGAAAAAAAAAAACGCGCUGAUCUCCGUGAUCAGCCCCCACCUGUUUGGGAUGAAUUCCAUGGAACUAUUUUAAAAUAAAAAAGCCAUGUCCUUUGUGGCGUGUGAAUU